AUGUAUACAAUUCAGGCUGGGAAUCCAGAGCGAGUCCAUUCUUAUGGAUCGUCUUUGGACCCUGAUAUGGAAGCACAGUCAUCGAUUGCUCUUCCCUCCAAGUCGUUACAGGCCCCAGUGAACUCGACCGGGGCUCAUAACUUCAUCUCGCCGAAGUCGUUCUUUACUGUCCCCAUCACUCCUCCAGAGUCCACUGCCGGCUCUGUAUUCGGCGAUGAGAUCCAGCAAGAGGCAUCGUCGAGCACCCCGUCUCUGGGUACGGCGUCACGAGUCUCUAGUAGGACUCAAGCAUCCAUACAAACACCUGAUAUCACCGUUCCUUCUCGUGUAGCCUAUACUUUGGAGGAACAUGGAGAUGGUCGUGCUUCUCCUGAAGAUGACCAGGGUACCUCAGAUUACUUCUCACCCCGUGUGAGAAGGAACCGGGAUCUCGUUGCACCAAAGCCUUGGGCUAACACGUCUCUACCGACCCCUAGUGCACAAGAAGAUCUAUCCGAGACUGAGGCUGAAGAAGCAUCGGCCUUGCCAGCGGUUGAGGCACCCACUGCUCAAGCCAAGGUGUUGCCGGCUCAUGCCCAGCAACGAAACGUCGGACCUGCUAUCGAUGAUUUCAUGGACUGUGUCACCACUGUCGCCCCAAAGCCCCGACCUGAAGAUACUCCCACUAUCCGAAAGCGAGGCAGAAGGACCAUCGUUGCACAGAAGCAUAUUACCCAGUUUGCUAUUCUCGGAAUCAAUGGUCUUUGCAUCUUCAGCACAUGGUGGUGGACUAGAUACUACUACGUUCUGUUGCCGUUCAUCACUGCCACCGUCGCUUUGAACAUUUUCAUGAUCGUCUCCAUCGUUUUCAACACCACCCGCCGCCGCAUAUUCCCCGAGAAGCAGACCAUGCCGGAAAAGCCUGAGACCCUGAUCAUGGUGAUUCCCUGCUACAAUGAAACAGAAGAAGAGAUGAUCAAGUCGAUGGAUUCGCUCAUUGCGCAAACGAACAUUGACCAGCACCCGCGCGCCAUCAUGAUCAUCUGUGAUGGAAAGGUCCGUGGUCCCGGCAUGGAGAAGUCGACAGCUGACUAUCUCUUCGAAGACAUUCUCUUAGAGAAGGAUUAUCGCGUCCGCAUCCCAGCGGCCUAUCUCGCUUGGGACCAGGAAUUCAUGGACAUCGAAGUGCAGAAGGGAACCUACAAGGGAGUCCCCUACUUCUGCAUUGUCAAGCAGCAAAACCAAGGCAAACGCGAUAGUCUCAUCGUCAUCCGCUCAUUCCUGUAUAACUUCAACAUUCGCAACCAACGUCCUGAAACUGUCUUCUCCUCCAAAUUCUUCGCCUAUAUGGCUUCUUUCAUCAGUGGCGCUGGUAUCGAGUAUGUCGACCACCUCAUCGGCAUGGACGCCGACACCGUCUUCGACAAGAACUGCAUCAACGAGCUCCUCCUCGAGUCCCGCUAUGAAAAUACCGUCGGAGUCUGCGGCUACGUAGCCGUCGACUGGAAGAACAACAACUUUGACCCAUGGCGUCUGUACCAGUCCGCCGAGUACACAAUUGCCCAAGGUCUCCGCCGUCUGCAUCAGUCAAUCGUGACGCACAAAGUCUCCUGCCUCCCCGGAUGCUGUCAGCUACUCAAAAUCUGCGAGGAAACCUGCGGCCCAGAGGUGUUGAUCGAUAAAUUCGGCUACUGCCCAACCCUCACCGAUGGCCUCCUCACUCAAAUCCGGGCAACAGCCAGUGAAGAUCGUAACCAUGUAUGCCACAUGCUAUCCGCCAGACCGAAGGUACAGACACGACAGGCUUUAAAAGCCAUGGCUGUGACUGACGUUCCUCACUCGUGGUCUGUGUUCCUUUCGCAACGACGACGAUGGACUCUCGGUGCCACGUCCAACGACCUGCUUCUGAUCACCGCACCGGGCGUGCAGUGGUUCGAGCGGAUUCUGGCAACAGUCAACGUCUUCACUUGGUUCCUGAACCUGUUCAUUUUUGCUAGUUUGGCCAGUUUCAUCACUGCCGCUAUGAGCGUCCCUCCGGCUAUCCUCAUGGCAUUUGUCUCUGUCAUGCUCAUUCCUGUCACUUACUACUUUUGCAUCCCUCUAUGGCUGUGCAAGAAAUGGCUUGAGCGCUUCCAGUUCUGGCUCGGAUGCGCCAUGUACAUUGUCUGCGGUCCGUUCCUCAACAUCUCGGUCUUGCUGUAUGCUUGCUGGUAUAUGGAUUCGUUUGGAUGGGGAAAGACCAGAAAGGUCAUCACUGAACCUGAAGAGGGUAAGGAGAAUCAGGAGACCCCUAGUCAAACCCAGACCCAGACCCAGACCCAGACCCCAAACCAACCCUUGGCUUUGGAACAAGCACAGCCUACACUGCCCGUCAUUCACGAUUUCGCUCAGCCGAUCUCGACUGCCACUCCUUCUAGAAUUUAG